CUUUGGGUCUGUGCCGCCUAUAGGGCCGGGGACUACCCGUAAUUGAGCUUGUCCGGGUUUUGCCCGAAGAAAAACACUCACCUACCUUUGUAUCCCACGUAACCAUAACCAGGGAUCUAGAGGUUCAGACUUCAGAUCAUUUUUUCUGGUUCUACUUCUGAAAUCGAAUCACCAUCAUUCAUUAAUGGAGACUUCGUCUGAAGUACAACAAGAGAACAAGAAAGCAUCUAUAAUUGAUGGUAAAGCCAUAGCUCAAACCAUACAUUCUGAAAUCACUGCUGAGGUUAAACUUCUUACUGAGAAAUAUGGCAAGGCUCCUGGACUUGCUGUAGUUAUAGUAGGUAGUAGGAAAGAUUCUCAGACCUAUGUGAAUAUGAAAAGAAAGGCUUGUGCUGAAGUUGGGAUUAAGUCAUUUAAUGUUGAUCUUCCUGAACAAAGUUCCGAAGCUGAAGUCAUUGCUAAAGUUCACGAAUUAAAUGCUAAUCCUGACGUCCAUGGAAUACUGGUACAACUCCCCUUGCCUAGCCAUAUAGGUGAAGAAAACGUGUUGAGUGAGGUCAGUAUCGAGAAGGACGUAGAUGGAUUUCAUCCUUUGAAUAUUGGUAAACUUGCAAUGAAAGGCAGAGAACCCCUAUUUCAGCCUUGCACCCCAAAGGGAUGCCUUGAACUAUUAAGUCAUAGUGGUAUAAGUGUGAAGGGCAAGAGGGCAGUUGUUGUUGGUAGAAGUAAUAUAGUUGGUUUACCUGUUUCAUUGCUUCUUCUGAAAGCUGAUGCUACUGUUACUAUCGUUCACUCACGUACCAGUGCUGCUGAUUCUGAAAGCAUCAUCCGUGAAGCAGACAUUGUUAUUGCUGCCGCCGGACAAGCAAAUAUGAUUAAGGGUGAUUGGAUUAAACCCGGUGCUGCGGUUAUUGAUGUUGGGACAAAUGCUGUGGAUGACCCAAGUAGAAAAUCAGGUUACAGGCUAGUGGGGGACGUGGACUUUAAACAGGUAUCUAAGGUAGCGGGAUGGAUAACUCCAGUUCCUGGAGGUGUGGGCCCAAUGACUGUUGCGAUGCUACUCAGGAACACCUUGGAUGGUGCCAAGCGUACAAUGUCUCAGUAAACUCUCUAUCUGUGCUCCUCCUCGAACAAAAAUCUUGUAUGACAUGCCAAAAAUCCCAUAAAACUUCUGGUAUAGAAUAAGAUAGUUCUGGCCUAUCUUAUUUGAUUUGGUUUAGACUCUGUAAGAAGUUCGAUGGUUAUCAACUUUUCAUAUUGAAUUCAAUAGUCCAAUAAUAUCUGCUGAAGGUGAGUGCUAUAACUGAAAGUGUAUGAUUGAAAUGGAUCACUGGCUGACAGAAACGCGAAGAACCAUAAACCCAUGCUGCAGCUUAAUAUUGAAUUGAACCAAUUCUUUUCUGUCUGAAAGCGUCUACACAGAUUAGUAGCUGCAGACUCUUAGAAUAUCAGGUAGGUUUAGUUGGAGAGCUUCAAAGACAUUUGCUAUAGUGUGUGAUAGUAUUUCCAUUUUUUUUGUUAAUCAUGUAAACGGAAUCUAACUUAUCAAAUAGUUUUCUCCUACAG